AUGCUGAGGGCGGAGAGCGAGGAGUCGAUCGAGGCGGCUAUUCUUGCGCUGCUGAAUCUUGCAGUUAAGGACGAGAGCAAUAAGAUCAAGAUCAUCGACGCUGGUGCACUCGAUCCUCUCAUUUCCUUCCUUCAAUCACGGAACUCGAACUUACAGGUAUAUGCCAUGCCAGCAUUCCUCAACUCCUCGCCUCUCCCACACACCAGUCCCACAUUGGCCGGCCGCCCUCCAUCAUCCCCCACAUUUAACACCAAUCCAUUGUCACCGCGUUCAGCUUCUCGUGAUUCAGUUGAAAGUAAUUCUUCAGUACCUGAUCCUGCUGAUUGGGAUCCUGAUUACAGACUUGCAAUUCUGCUCAACAGUAGUUAUUAUUGCAUCUAUAUGGAAGUAAUGGGUAAAUCCUUUUUCUUUUUCCUUUUUCAAAGAUUUGUGAAGGACAGAGACGUGGAGGGCACUGGCGGCGUACACUUAACAUACCUGCUGAUAUCAAACUUAAAUCCGUGGAUCAUGGAGUCAUCUUCAAGCAAUCGUCGUGCACUGUUGUGCCAUUGUGGAAGGAGGGCUGUACUCUCCAGAUCUGGAACUAAGAGGAACCCCGGUCGAUUGUUUUUGGGAUGCGCGAAUUGGAGAGAGAGUAAUUGUGGAUUCUUCAAAUGGGUGUCUGAUGAAGAGGAGUUUGAAGGUUCAAAGGCAGAGCUUGUUCAGACGAAUCAGUCGAGCGUGACGCCACAAGUUUCAAGAACCGUGUCAAGUGGGGAAGUGUGGGAAAGGAGAAAGCUUUCCCUUGAUAUUAUGGAUUUGUUGAAGCUUGUUGUAUUUGCUUUUUUAUUUGUCCUUCACGUUGGCACGCCACAGGCCAAAUCUGACGCAAUCACCACCCUUUCCAAUCUCUCCACCACUGGAAACACACUAUCCACAAUUCUCUCAUGCUUCCCGAUCCCUUCCCUAGUUGACAUCCUCAACACCUUCAAAAAAUCGUCCAAAACAGUUGAGAAAUGUGUCGCUCUCCUCGAAUCGCUUAUGCCCUUCGAACACGCACGGGUAUCUCUGACUUCAGAGCCCGGGGGUGUGCUAUCAGUGGUGGAAGCGCUUGAGGAUGGGUCAAGCCGAACCAAGGAGCACGCUGUAGGGGCGUUACUGACACUUUGCAAGAGUGAUUGUUGCAGAUACAGAGAAGUUAUUCUCAACGAAGGAGCGAUUCCAGGGUUGCUAGAGCUAACAGUGCAAGGGACGGAUAAGGCUCGGCCGAAGGCGAGGGAGCUGCUGCAGAUUUUGCGGGGCUCGAAAGACAGGAGGUCGGAGAUGGAAGGCGAGACUUUGGAGGAUAUUGUGAACGAUAUCGUGUGUGGGAUUGAAGGUGAGGAUCGAUCAGGGAAGGCGAAGAGGAUGCUGGCGGAGAUGGUGAAGGUGAGUAUGGAGCAGAGUUUGAGGCAUUUGGAGAGAAGGGCUUCUGUUGUUUGUACUACUCCUACAGCGGAGCUGGCUACUUUGAAGUGAUGAUGUUGACGCUAGCGUUUGUGGUUUGCUUGCUUUCUUGGCUGAAAGAUGCCAGUCCAGGCCGCGAAGGUAACAGGUGACUGGUGAAAGUGUUCAUACUUUGUAAUUGUUGUAUCUAUAUGAUUUCCUCACAGUUUAUGUGCAUGUUUGAAGGUGGGUUUGUAUGAUUGUACAAUAUAGUUUCUUUGAGAUUAUAGGGGAUAUACCAAUCCUUGCUUUUCAUUAUAUGCUUUUGUUUUGAUACGCUUUUUUUCCAGGGUCUGUUCGUCCGCAGUUCUUGCAAUGUAAUAAGUGGUAGUUGCAUGUAA